AAGUGUCUCUUUGAAAUCCCUGAUCCAGCUAAGUCCGCUCCUGCUCCGAAGAAGGGCUCCAAGAAGGCGGUGACCAAGGCCCAAAAGAAGGACGGCAAGAAGCGCAAGCGCAGCCGCAAGGAGAGUUACUCUGUGUACGUGUACAAGGUGCUGAAGCAGGUCCACCCUGACACUGGCAUCUCCUCUAAGGCCAUGGGCAUCAUGAAUUCCUUCGUCAACGACAUCUUCGAGCGCAUCGCGGGCAAGGCCUCUCGCCUGGCGGAUUACAACAAGUGCUCGACCAUCACCUCCUGGGAGAUCCAGACGGCCGUGCGCCUGCUGCUGCCGGGAGAGCUGGCCAAGCACGCUGUGUCCGAGGGCACCAAGGCUGUCACUAAGUACACCAGCUCCAAAUGAAUUUGGCUGUGAGAAAAGAUGCCAGUGACGCAAAGGCUCUUCUAAGAGCCACUCAUAGUGUCUUUUAAAGAUCUGUAAUUCUCUAGGUUUGUAAAGUGGAUAGGGCAACACGUGGAUUAAAGGCUUAAAAA